AUGGCCACAUCCCUUCUCGAUCUCGUCGGGAACGAGGCCACCUGCAACCACCGGCCUCCAUCGAUCCAACCAUCCAUCCAUGCCAGUAGUAGCACUCCCACCGCCCGUGCUCCUUCCCUAGUAGCGCACCCCGACGCCUCCUUGUCCCCACACAACCCGCGAGGCACCGGCCUCCUCUUCUUCGCGCCUCCCGAGCAGCGACCAGGAGCCCGAGCUCCAUCUUCUACGCCCGCGUCCGAGCGAGAGGAGCUCGCUGCUCGAGCAUGCACAAGACCCAUGGCGCCCUCCCGAGCUCCUCCCGUGCGUGCCUCCACUCAUUCUCGUUGCCCUCCGUCUUCAUCGCAGCACCACAGGACCAACAGCUCCACCGCGCAUGCCCGCCGGUGGCAAGAGUCCCAGGCGAGCUUGGUAGAUUCAGUUUGGCAUGGAUUCAGAUCAAGUUUAGAUUUUGAGAUAGCCAUGAUAUUCCCCUCCCUCAUGCAACUGGAGCACGGGAUGAGCGACUCUGACGACUGGAGGCAGAGGGCGGCGUGCUCGGAGAGGUACAGGAGGAGAGACGAGCCGGAGGACAGCAAGAGGCCCAUCUCCGAGAUCGACGCCGAGAUAGAGGAGGAGUGCAGGAUCUGCAUGGAGCUCAACAGUAGGGUCGUGCUGCGCAACUGCAGCCACGACAUGUGCAUCAAGUGCUACCAUCAAUGCCUGCCUAUGUACAAUUUCUUCUUGAUAUGCUUCACUUUUAAACGGUAUAGUACAUGUUUAUCCCUGAAGUCAGCCUCCGGCCAUGGCGGAUCUGCAGACGCCGCUGGUGCGACCAAAGAGGAAGAAGGUUAUGGUGGACUACCUGCUACGGAAGGCAAGUUGUCGCAUCUGGAGCACAUCAGAGGGAGCAAUGAAGUUUGUACUACUUGGUUCUUACCAUUAGGACAGUACCAGAUGUGCUAA